AUGUAUCCUUCAACUCCUUCUAAUUCACGACCAAUUAAUAAAUCAACCCUAGGUCUACCUCCACUCAUUACCGCAGUUCGGCCUGUACCACAUCACAAGCUCUCGAGGAGUUUGUCUUUAGCUCUUGAAAUGACGCCCCGGCAUCCUUACCAGGAACACAAUGCCAGUGUUGAUAAUACUAAUAAUAAUACUAAUAACACUAAUACUAAUGCCAACACCAAUAAUGAUAAUAUUGGUACUGCUUGUAUUCACGAUUAUGAUGAUGAUGAUGAUAACCAUGAUAACAAUCUCAAAACUUAUUCCAAUGAAAUCCCAACUCCUUUUAAACGGAAACGUCAAGACCUAUCAGGUUUGGUCACUUCUCCUACCUCGAUUAAUUUUCAGAACACACAACUGCCUUCAAGUUCAGAGUGGAGCUCUACUUCGACCCAUUCGAACCGCUUCAACUCUUAUCCAGAAUUCAUGGAAUCACAUAGGCGUAGGAAUGCGAGCCUAAGUGUUCUUGAAUCUAAAACUCUUUCAACAUUUCCAUCAAGUCCAUUCCAACACCAAUACUCAAGUUUACCUCAACAUAAUUUCUCACCAGUCAGAAAGACAUCAGAUGGUUCAUCACUAUAUCCUUUUUCAGAUACAGAUUCACAUGCUGCACCUUCACCACCAUCAACUUCUACUACCCAUACCACCAAUACUCCUUGGCAAAGCCAUCAGUCCCCAGUUCAUCUAGGUAUUCCUCUCGCCAUGGCUUUACCUAGUCUACCAGCCAUACCAUCAACAGAAUUUAAUCCGUACACUACUGGCGUACACCCGCAACCUACAAGUAGCUGUCCGGAUACACCAUGGUCAUCGAUCCCAUUCGAAUCUCCACACCAAACUCUCUUUGAGAACAGUCAAACUCAAAGUAAAGUUAAUAACGAGAGAUCUUCUGACUUGAAAGUUAGUCAUAAGCUUGCAGAAAGAAAAAGAAGAAAAGAGAUGAAAGAAUUAUUUGAUGAGCUUAGGUUAGCUAUCCCUUCUGAUGGAUUAAUUGGUGACAAGAAUCCCAAAAUAUCAAAAUGGGAAACUUUAUCUAGAGCUGUUGAUUUUUUAUAUCAAGUUCAAAAUGAAAAUAAGAUUUUGAGAGAAGAAAAUAAGAGAAUGAAAGGCAUGCUCUCAAUUUCCAUUCAAAGAAAUUCUUCAUCUUCUAAUCCUAUUCCAUGUGGUCUUGUUGCUUCUCAAUGA